AUGAACCUCCAUAAUCUUUUAGUGUCAGUCGUAAUCAUGAUUACGAUUCCUAUAAAAGUGACCACAAAAAAUGAGAAACGAUUGUCAAAUUUAAAUUUCGCUGAGAGCUUGUAUGCCCAAUUAUCAGGAGCAUGCCGAGCGUUAAUGGAUCUUCAGCUGAGUUCAAUGAAUAGUCAAAAUGAAAUAUUGAAAACUAUGAAAAUAAUUUUCGUAACUAAAGCGGGCUCGCGAAUGUAUCCCAUCGACAAUGCCUUUCAGAAUCUCACUAGCCCUGAGUUAUUUGACAUAACAAAACAAACGAAAAUUAUUAUACAUGGCUAUAGAGAUACAUCGCAGUCAUCAGUAUCCACAGAUAUUGCAAAAGCCUAUAUAAAUAAGGAAAUGUUUAAUGUUCUCUUAGUAGAUGCUGAGGAAAUGAUGAAUCAAAGAUACACAUUAUCCGUACAUAAUGCGAGAUUAAUGGGCAAAAGAUUAGCAAAUUUACUAGCAAAUUUAGAAACUUUUGGAGCGAGCGCCGAAGAUUUUCAUCUCAUUGGUAUAAGUUUAGGAGCACACAUAGCUGGAUGGACUGGAAAGUACUUCCAUAAGUAUAAAUCGCAGUUGUUGGGGCGAAUAACAGGUUUAGAUCCAGCAGGACCUUGUUUUUCAUUUGCUUAUACAGACCAAAGAUUAGAUAAAUCAGACGCUAAGUAUGUGGACGUGUUACAUACAAAUAGAUUAGUCCAAGGGAUUAUUGAGCCUCUUGGCCAUGCGGAUUUUUACAUAAACGGCGGUGGACCACAACAACCAGGAUGUGUCAUGCCUUCGUGUAGUCAUCUUAGAGCAGCAGAAAUUUAUACCGAAAGCAUAAAUACUCCAAAGUUAUUCAUCGGUAUCCGUUGUCAGAGUUGGCAGAAUUUUAAAACAAAUACAUGCGAUAGUAAAGAUUUCGCGGUUCUGGGCUACGGUUCUUCAACCUCGACCCGGGGUCUUUAUUACCUGCGUACAUCGGCCGAUCCACCUUUUGGCCUUGGUAUGAAUGGAACCAAUCACCUACCUGAUACUAAAACUCAUAAUAAUUGGCUCAUGGAUUUAAAAUACACUUGA